AUGAAGGUGUUAGUGAUUUUCAGCGCAAAAAUUUAGUCUUGAAAAUGUAUUUUUGGUUAAUAUUGAAUGGCGGCGGGUUUAGAUGAUUGUAGGGUUGAAUUUUGUUCUGAAACCAAUGAAAAUAGUGAGAAAUGUUAGAAAUGAAGAUAUUCAUGAUUUUCAGCCCAAAAUCUAGAGACUCAUUUUUUUAUUGAAAUCUCAAAAUUAUUCUUUUUAUACUCAAAUUUUCCAGAAAAUGCUCAAAUUUGUAACUUGUAUAUUUUUUGUGAUAUCGGCAAAAUUAGUGAAUUCGAUCGAGUUGACAUUCGAAUUGCCAGACAAUGCAAAUCAAUGUUUUUAUGAGGAUUUCAAGCAGGGAAAAGACUCGAUUCUCGAGUUUCAGGUGAGUAAAUCAAUAACUUUGGGUAGAAAUUCGGGAUAUAAAAUCUAUAAAUUUCAGGUAGUCACCGGUGGUCAAUACGACGUUGAUUUGAUUCUAGAAGAUCCAAAUGGCAAAGUUUUAUACAAAGACACGAAAAAACAAUACGAUAGCAUUAAUUUCAAGACUGAAAUCGAGGGAACCUAUAAAGCCUGUUUCUCCAACGAAUUUUCGACAUUUUCCCACAAAAUUGUUUAUAUGGAUUGGCAAGUUGGAGAUGAACAAGAGAAUUUUAAUAAAGCAAUUACACAAGGAACUCAUGCAAUGAGUCAAUUGGAGAAUUAUGCUGUUUCGAUUGGAGAUAAAUUGAGAACUGUUAGUUUUUUGAGGGGUGUAGGGGAUAUUAUGGGUUUCUUCAUUUCCACCUGAAAACCAUUAAUUUCAUUAUCUUCAACUUAAAAUUUUGAUCGACAAUUUUCAAUUUCAUCUAGAAGUAAUUGGAAAAUUUUAAAUUGUUCAGAUCAAAUUUUUAUGUGAAAAAAUUAAUUUCGAAAAUGAUCAAGAUUUCAGUGAAAAUUCAAAAUUGAAAAAAUGUUUAAAUUAUAAUUUUUUAAAUCUUUUCCACAAAACUCCCAAAUUUAACUGCGAAUCAAAAAAACUAUAUUGAACAAUCUUUAAAAUUUGGAACAAAAAGUUAACAGUAAACCUUUAAAAAUUCAUGAAAAUCCGAAUUUUAUGUUAUAAACUUUCAAAAAACUCAGUAAGCUUAGUUUUUGCUCCAGAAAACAACCCAAAACUCUAAUUUUCCCACCAAAAUCCCAUUUUUCUUCUAGGUUGACGACUAUCAAACCCAUCAUCGUCUUCGCGAAGCCACUGGUCGAAAACGCGCCGAAUAUUUGAAUGAACGAGUUAUGAUGUGGUCAAUUGGUCAAACAGCUUUGGUCAUUUUCAUCGGCAUUGCUCAGGUUUAUUUGCUCCGCUCAUUUUUCAGUGAUAAACGAUCGAGAUAUUAG